CUCAACUACUACUUGUCAUUAUAGUCAGCCACCGUACCGACGAUGACCACUCGCAUCGUAGCCCGUCGAGCUCUCAGGCUGCCACUACUUUCCGACGACAUCAUUCACGCCAUCGUCGAGCAGAUAUGCAUGCAAAUCAAGGAUGAAACUGAUAAACGCAGAAGCCUAGUGCAACUCGCCUAUACGUGUAAGACAUUCUCGCGUCACGCACUGCCAGAGUUGUGGGCCCAUUUACCGUCUCUGAGGCCUCUCCUUUCCCUCCUCGCCCCGCUUCGAUCCACACGAUUGAGAUCGGUAGAGCCGGAAGAUGAGCAGUAUGAUCUUUAUAUUGACGAUGAGAGUUGCUCCUGGGUGUUUGAUAGCGCGAUAACACCCAUAGGCACCUCGCGAUUCAGAGAAUACGCCGGUCGUGUUCGCGAACUCGAUAUCCGUCGGUAUCCGCAAUUUGAAUCCUCUGUGUUCACCUGUAUCGAUGAUGCUGGUCUGCAUGGCCCGCUCCUCCCUGCGCUCCGGGUUCUGCUUUGUGAAACAUCCCCGAUCAUGAUGACUGCCGUAGAGGCAGUCUGUGGUCCGUCCUUACGCUCGUUCGCUGUCGUUCCCAGCGAAACUCCAUCCAUGCAAUCGUCAUCUGCAGAAUCACGACGCGGGCUCGAAGCAAGGGAUCCUGACUUGGAUUCACUCCUCAUCCGCUUCCAAUCAUCGUUGCCAGAUCUUGAGGUGCUGAGACUAGGCGACGGUGCGCUCCAAUGGGAGUGGCAUUCCGUCCUAGCUCUGAGGGAUCUCCGAUCCCUAGACAUCUCAAGUUGGCGCCUGCACACCUGCACCACAGAUAUCCUGCGGACUCUAGCUACCUUCCCCCGUCUGCACACCCUUCGGCUCCAUGUACGCGCAGUUGUGGGGCGCCCUCUGCCUCAUCCAGGAGGCUUCCAGAGUCUGGACUACCUGUCCGUACGCGGCAACGACAGCGACGUCAACUUGGCGUUGCGGACAAUCGCCCCGCCUCGAUUACGCGUACUCUCGUUAGCGGGACUCGGAGGCUUCGUCGCGGAACCAGUGCUCACUCGUGUGUGCCGCCGCUGCGCGAGCACGCUCGAGGAAAUCCACAUACUUGACGCCGAAGUAGAGGGUGUUACGCUCAUUGACGUAUUGGGGCCCCUUUUCCCCGCAUACAACCUACGUGUCUUCGAGCUGGACGUGUCUCUGUCCAGGGUGCCUUUCACAGAUGCGGAUCUGUUGACGCUGGCAGCGCGAUGGCCAGCCUUGCGUCGCCUCGACAUCAAGUGUUCAAAGGGGAAACUAUUGCCUACUCUGUGGGGCAUCGCGGAUUUCGCGGAUGCCUGUCCUUUUCUUGAGGAGGUUCACAUAGAAUGCGUUGCGUGGCCAUACAUACAUGGAAACGAUGAGCACCGCCGCAAGAACAACUUGAAGCGCUUGGGACUUCGUCGACCGGACAACAUCAAAGAGAUCAGAAGGAGAAGUGAUCUGAUUCCUCGCACGGUGGCACGGGUUGUGAGCCGUCUGUUCCCUGCGUUGGACAUUGAGUCUUCGAAGGAGAUGAUCGACGCCAAUUCUUCAAAAGCUUGGGGGACAUUCUGGGGGAAGGCUCUGGACGAGACUGCAAAAGUGCACAGGGCCCAACGAGUCCUUGAUAGGCCUGCCUAAUAUCAUGAUUUGACGUAGUCUGAGCAAUGAUAUGUACGGGUGUAGCUAGGCUGUACAUACUUGUACCGUGUAUUUGCACCAGAUCCCGCUGCA